AUGGUCUCCCAGGUUAACGCCUUAUUACUGCCGAUCAUAAAAUCUACACCGCUCCAUCAAAUAACCAAGACCGCAUUGGUAACGACGCUCACAGGUAUACAAAGCGAUUACAAGUUCAAAGAAAUAGCUGUGCCACUAACCGAAUCAUUACAGGUGUACGAAAAGGCGCAAAGAAGACAAAACUUGAGAGCAAGUUUGAAAGCACUGGAGAGUAUCAUUUACCAAACGCACUUCCAAUGGAACAACCCGCGCCCACGACAUGCGCUUCUCUUCCAAAAACACUACCACUUUUUGCUGACUCACUGGCCAUUUGAGAAUCACAGGCAUUUGGCAGAUUCUAUCUCCACGAACAAUGGAAAGCUGAGUUCAACGUCCUCAAGGGGCACCUGGCUGAAGUCAGAUUGGACAACAUUGUUUAAAGUUAAAAACCCUUGGGUCCAGACGCCACCAUCAUUAGGGCAUCCAGGUGGGGCAGAUCUUGACACCUUCACGCCAGAGAGAACGUUCCUGAUCAAUUCUCUUGGAAACCACUACAAAUUCUUAAUAGCGAAUAGCCAUUUAAGCUACAAUCACAAGAAAUACCCCUCCCCUGGCGUGCAAAUCCCCAUCAGGAACGCUCUUGGCGAAGUUUCUCCGGCCAAACAAAUUGCCCAACUCUUCGCUAGACAACUGGCUCAUAUCUACACGAGUCUGUUUGUGGAAAACCCUCCGCUCUCUCCUGCCAACGAGCUGGAAUUAAUGGCCGUCUUCCACGACGAGUCUCUGGACCGACGUCUUAGAAGGCUCUAUAUGCGCGCUUGUGCAAGGGCAUAUUCGAUUACCAAUGCCGACUCUGCUACGGAGCCUUUGACAUUUCAUUGCACCCGUUGGGAAGAUUGA